AUGGCGCGCGUCGUCGCGGCCCUCGACGGCGGCGACAGCCUCGACAACGAGAUUUACGCCCAGAAGUGCGCCGCGGCGCUCGAGGCCCUCGAGGCGGAGCUCGCGGACCAGGACCGGCGCUUCGCGACGAUCCGGGAGACGCUGUCGCUCACGGCCGAGUCCCUCGAGGCGCUGUCCGGCGCGGAGGACGCGACGCUGCCGCCGGACGUCCUCGCGCGGCUCGACGAGAAGACCGACGGCCUCGAGGCCGAGGCGUCGCGCGCGCUCGAGCGCGAGGCCGCCGUCGACGACCUCAUCGCCGCCGCGCGCGCCGAGGCCGCGGUCGCGGGCGUCGGCGGCCUGGAGCUCGAGGACGACGACGGCGGCGCGGCCGCGGCGGCCGCGCCCGCGCGGCGCUUCGAGCUCGUCUUCGACGGCCCCCUGGGCGUCCGCGCGUCGCUCAUGCGCGACAAGGACCGCAAGACGACGCACGUCAUCGUCGACGAGGUGCUGGGCGCGUGCCCCCACGCGGGCGAGGUCGCGGCGCUCGACGAGAUCGCGACGGUCGCCGGCGAGCCCCUCGACGUCGACGGCGCGGGCGACGACGCGGCGACGUUCGCCGCGGUGCUCGAGCGCAUCCAGCGGGCGCCGCGGCCCCUCGCCGUCGGCUUCUACCGCCGCGCCGCGCGCUACCUCCAGGCGAACGUCGCGGCCGCCGGCGCCGCGGGCCGCGACUCGCCCUUCAACGCCGCGGGCGCGCUCGGCGGCGUCCUGACGACGUGCCUCCCCGCGGGCCCCUCCCUGCUCUGA